AUAAUUAAAAUAAAGGUCAGGUUUUUCUAGAGGGCAAUUCAAGCUUAAUGCUAACAACAGUCCUUCAGCCCUGGUGAACGCAUGGGGUUUGGGGGGUGUUUGGCUAAUUCUGGCUGUGGGGUUUUUGUUGCGGCUUUAAGUGCUCCAUUUCAGCAUGUGCACACAGUAAGAUGUGAGCAAAGGACACAAAAAGGCAUAGAAUGUGGAUGCGUCUGUCGGUCUGUACUCUGCAGUUAUUACUGGUCUGCGUAUUUACGUUCUGUUCACUUUUGCAAUACCUGUUUCAUUUCAAUACUGACAAGUAGUUUCAUCUUCUUUAGUCCAGAUACGAGGACCGUCUUAACCUUCGCUUGCUUCUGCCUGACAGGACUGCAUCAAACUCACAGCAUCAUGCUGCUGUCUUACCUGGAAGCCCUUUGAAAGCUUUCUGUUCUCUCAUGAUCAACAGCGUUUCUGUUUCUCUGGCCAGCAGGUUGCAUUUCUACCCAAAAGGAAGCCUGACAAAUAGGAAAAUACUACAAAGUGAAGAGAAAAAUAAUUUCACGAGAAAUGAGCUCUGCUUUCAUUGCUAAAUUUUAUUUGUAUUACUAGCUGAUUAGCGUCAAAUAAUCCUUGUAGUCUGCUGUGGUAAAAUUAUUAGAUUAAAGCUGGAAAAAAUGAAACAAUUAAAAAGAAAAAGAAAAAGUAAUUUUAGUGUUCAGGAAACUCAAACUCUCCUUAAGGAAAUCAGAAAAAGGAGAGAAGUACUCUUUUCGAAACAACUUAAUACAACAAUUAAUGAGAUGAAACGGAAGGCUUGGGAGGAAAUAGCAGAGUGUGUAAAUGCUGUAGGUGAAGGAGAGCAGAGAACAGGGACAGAAGUGAAAAGGAGGUACCUUGACUGGAGAGCACUCAUGAAGAGAAAACGCCUGAAUGCAAACAUCAAGAUGGUAGGUGCUGGGUUUCAUCUUCCUUCAUCUGAUCUAGAUGACUCUCUCAAUGAAGAUAUGGAUGACAAAAUGGGAUUUGCAAACGAAUCUAGUUUUGAAUGGCAGAAUAUCACCGACUUCAGAGAAGCAGGUGGAUCUUUAACAGAAAUCAAAGUAGAAGAAGAAGAGGAGGAUCCACAAAACUUUGAGUUUCCUAUUGAGGAAGAAGAAGAAAUUUUGUCAUCAGUUUUGCCAGAUUCAAAAAAAGAAAAUGACCUACCAGAUUUCACCCACAUCGAGGAGUUUGGAAAUCUAAGCUCUGCUCAAGCUAGGUUAGCUUAUGAAGAUUCUCACUUGCUUAUAAAUCUGGAGAAGCAGAAGGUGGAGCUGGAGAAGCAGCGACUAGACAUAGAAGCUGAAAGAUUGCAAGUGGAGAAGGAACGCCUGCAAAUUGAAAAAGAACGUUUGCGGCAUGUUGACUUGGAGCAUGAGAGACUUCAGCUUGAGAAGGAGCGACUUCAGAUCGAGCGGGAGAAACUGAGGCUAGAGACUCUGCAUGCUGAAAAACCGGCCCUGGAAAACGAUCUGACCCAAACAGAAAAGCCUGUCGUGCAGCCUCUGGAUCUAGAAACUGAGAAGUUAAAACUUGAGAAAGAACGUUUGCAGUUAGAGAAAGAGAGGCUGCAGUUCCUAAAGUUUGAGUCAGAGAAGCUGCAGAUUGAGAAGGAACGCUUGCAAGUGGAAAAAGAACGCCUGCGAAUUCAGAGAGAGGGUCAUUUGCAGUAAACUUCUCAACUGAGGAGUCAGUACUAGCGAUUUGAUGUUUGUAAAAUAGAGGUAGUUCUUUUCCUAGUACUGAAACUGUCCUAGAGGUUUAAUGUUCUUCUGUUCAGAGUUGAAUGUUGAUGUUAAAGUUAAAAAAAAAAAAAAAAAAAAGAUGGGGGGG